UCCCACACAAGUGACUAUAACCCUGUUUACUUUUCUAUAUGAGCCCCCAAACUAAGCAGAAGUCUCUUAGACAUGAAUCUCGGAGAAAGUAGAUUAAACCUGCUCUUUUUGAAUCUGGCCAAACUGACAAGCACGCCUCUGUUUCUAGGUGAAAGAGGAAAUGAUGGACACCAGGAGCUACUCCAGCCCUCCAGACAGGCUCUCCGUCUUCUCCGAGUCUGCCCACUUGCCACUGUCCAGACCCUUCUACCUGGACCCCAUGGUCACUGUCCACCUGUGCCCUGAGGCCCCGGUGCCGAACCCUUACGCGGACGAGCUGCCUCUGCUGCCCUUUUCCAGCGAUACUCUGAUCAUGGACAAUUAUGGCGACCCGUACCCCUUCCCCUUCCCCAUGCCUUACCCCAACUACAGGCGCUGUGACUACGCCUAUGGGCCGGCCUUCAUCCGCAAGAGGAAUGAGCGUGAGAGGCAGCGAGUCAAGUGUGUGAACGAAGGCUACGCCCGGCUGCGGCGCCACCUGCCCGAGGACUACCUGGAGAAGAGACUCAGCAAAGUGGAGACCCUCAGAGCUGCCAUCAAGUACAUCAGCUACCUGCAGUCACUCUUGUACCAGGAUGAGACUGAGGCCGAGAGGAACCCUCGAACCACAAGCUGCGGUCCCCUAGAAUCGUCUCUGAGAGUCAUUUGA